AUGAGUCUUUGGUGUGAUAAAUAUCGUCCAAAAACAUUUGACGAACUUGAUUAUCAAUUGCAACAAGCAGAAUUAUUACAAACAAUUGUAGCCAGCGGUGAUUUUCCACAUUUUUUAAUAUUUGGCCCAAGUGGAUCUGGUAAAAAAACUCGUAUAACAUGUUUACUUCAUGCAUUAUAUGGUGAUGGUAUUCAAUCGUUACGUAUUGAAAAUCAUGAAUAUGAAACACCAUCAAAAAAGAAAAUUGAAAUAACAACAAUUGGUAGUAAUUUUCAUAUUCAAGUCAAUCCCAGUGAUGUUGGAAUUUAUGAUCGUGUUGUAAUUCAAGAACUAAUAAAAACAAUUGCACAAACCAGACAAAUUAAUAGUACUGAACAACGUGCAUUUAAAGUUAUUGUUAUUGUUGAAGUAGAUAAAUUAACACGUGAUGCUCAGCAUGGUCUUCGUCGAACAAUGGAAAAAUAUGUUGGUUCAUGUCGUCUUGUUCUUUGUUGUAAUUCGACGUCGCGUGUUAUACCUGCUAUACGAAGUCGAUGUUUAGCUAUUCGAGUAGCUGCACCAACUGUAGAUGAAAUUAGUGGAAUUUUAAAAAAAGUUGCGACUAUCGAAGGUAUUCAAUUACCAGUUGAUUUAGCAAAUCGCAUUGGAGAAAAAAGUCAACGCAAUCUUCGUCGAGCAUUACUUAUGCUUCAAUCGUGUGCAACACAAAAAGUUCCAUUAACUAAAGAUCAACAGAUAGUUGAACCUGAUUGGGAAAUAUAUUUGCGCGAUACAGCUAGAAUGAUUGGUGAACAACAAACACCUCAACGAAUUUUAGAAGCACGUGAACGUCUUUAUGAACUUAUUGCACACUGUAUUCCAGCAGAAGUUAUAUUCAAAGGUUUACUUGAUGAACUAUUAGCUAAUUGUGAUGAUUUAUUAAAGUCUCAAAUAACUCAAACGGCAGCGGAAUAUGAACAUCGACUUCGACAAGGCUCCAAAGAAAUCUUUCACCUUGAAGCAUUCAUCGCCAAAUAUAUGUGUAUCUAUAAACAACAUAUGCAAUCCAUGGCUGCUGGUCUUGAUGAUUGCUUUGAUUAA